ACCCUUUGAACUUUGGAGAGGGAGAUAUGCGUCCGGGCACUUUAAAUAUGGCCGCGUCCAUGUGAAACAACGAUUAAUGUUGUCAAGGUGAAAUUACCAGAAAACAGGCCUAAGCAAUUCCAGUAAAAUGUUGCGCACCUUGUGUGUGCGACCUGCAGGGGUUCAAGCUGUGUUACUAAGGAGAUGGACCCAUAACAUUCCAGCUAUUGAUCAACCUCUCAACUUCAUAAAUGGAGAGAGGGUGGAGGCAGCCAACACUGACAAAACACAGGAGUUUGAACUUGUAGAACCUGCCACAGGCAAGGUCCUGAGGAAAGUCCAGAGUGCUGGGAAGGGGGAUGUCAACAGGGCCGUGGCAGCAGCCAGGGAGGCGUUUGAUGUGUGGUCUGACAUGUCAGGGAUGGAGAGAGGAAAACUGAUGACCAAAGCAGCUCAGAUAGUAAAGGAAAAUGAAGAUGACUUUGUUAAAGCUGAGGUUAUAGACACAGGCAAGCCAAUAUGGGAGGCACGGUAUGACAUCCAAGGCUGCACAGAGACUAUUGAGUACUUUGCUGGAGUUGCUCCUACCAUAAUGGGCACCCACCUCCCCCUGCCAGGUGGCAGUUUUGCCUACACUAGGCGAGAGCCACUGGGCGUCUGUGGCGGCAUAGGAGCCUGGAACUACCCAUAUCAGAUGGCAGCCUGGAAGUCAGCGCCUGCCUUGGCCUGUGGUAAUACUAUGGUGUUUAAACCAUCGCAGUUGACUCCCAUUACAGCUGUGAUGUUAGCCGAGGCCUAUGUACAGGCUGGGGUGCCCAAGGGAGUGUUCAAUGUUAUACAGGGUGAAGCUGAAACUGGGACUUUGCUCAAUCUACACCCGGAUAUUGCCAAGAUGUCUUUUACUGGCAGUGUUCCAACUGGUGCUAAGAUCAUGGCAAACUGCGCUAAGGGCAUCAAGCAGGUGACCCUGGAGUUGGGUGGGAAGUCCCCACUGAUCAUAUUUGGAGAUGCUGACCUGGAGAAUGCAGCCAAGGGUGCCAUCUUAGCCAACUUCAUGACACAGGGACAGGUGUGUUCCAAUGGUACCAGAGUAUUUGUCCACACAUCCGUCCUGCCUCAGUUCCUGGACAUUCUCCUGGAGAAGACCAAGAGGAUGAAGAUAGGGGACCCUUUCCAGGAAGACACCAUGGUCGGAGCCACCAUCAGCAAAGCACACGCAGAGAAAGUGCUGGGUUACAUAGAGAUUGCCAAAAAUGAGGGAGCAGAAAUCCUGUAUGGUGGAGAGAGAGUUAUACCAGAUGAUCCCAAGCUUGCAGGUGGUUAUUACCUCGGACCUUGUAUACUGGUGGGAUGUCAUGAUGACAUGACUGUGGUCAAGGAGGAAGUCUUUGGCUCUGUCAUGUCUGUAUUGCCCUUUGAUACAGAGGAGGAAGUGAUCCGCAGAGCAAAUAAUACUUGCUUUGGAUUGGCUGGGGGUGUUUUUACAAAAGACCUAUCCCGUGCUCACAAAGUGGUAUCUAAACUCCAGGCGGGUUCCAUAUAUGUGAACAACUACAACGUGUACCCAGUGGGAGUGCCAUUCGGAGGACACAAAAUGUCUGGAAUAGGAUCAGAGAACAGCCUGGAGUCUGUGAACCAUUACACUCAAGUGAAGAGUGUCUAUGUAGAGGCCAAUGAUGUUGACUGUCCUUAUUGAUUUGAUUGGUUAUUAACUGACCAAUGAGAUUAUAGCACCAAGGUGAUUGCAGAUUUGGUGCAAAUUUGUGAUUUGUUAUUACUGGUUUAUAAUGGACCAGUAAGAUAAUGAAGGGAACUAGUGGUAAGGAACACUGUCAUAAUGGCUUUUAAUUGGGUAUAAAUAGACCAAUGAAGUGACAGAAUUUAUUUUAUUGUAAUCAGGAGAAUUGUGCUAUGUUGAUUUUCUUCAACAUAAAUGGUCUGCAGAGAUACAGAAAUAAAAUGAUUGCAUUAGAUUUUGA